GAGCACAUAUCUAGUUAUGCAAGUGCACGUAACCAAUGAUUAUUCACCCUCUCUUAGACCUCCUACAAUACCUUGUAUUUUUUUCAAGUUAGUAAAUGACUCACUCCUACUGUCACUCUAGAAAAUGGCCAAGUGUAACCACUUCCUAAAGAGUAGUAUAGCGGGUUUGGGUUUUAAUGUCAACCCGGGUCCUAGAUGUGAUGACUACUCAGUGAAUUCUUAUUAUUUAGCGGUGAAACUUUAGUGCAGGUUCAAAUAAGCAAACAAGCAAAGCAAGUGAAAAGGUUGUUUUCAAGUCGAGAGAGGUCACCCGGAUAUGGUUCCCCCUAGACUGCAGUUAAGCCGGAUUGUAAUUUACCAAGUCCAAUUUCAAUGAUAGUUAUACUGCGGGAGGUUCUUAAACAGUCUGUAGUCUCGACUAAAAGUCUCCAAACCCUCUCAAUCUGAGUCUCCAGCGGGCAACUAACCUCCACCGGAGUAAACAGAUUGAGGCCCUAACGAACCAAACCUCCACUACCAAAGUAACUUUUGAGCAGAAUAGUGAAUUGGCUCCUCGACUAAAGUCGCCAACUCCCUAACUUCAAUCAAGGGUGCUCUAUCAACCUAGGCAGAUAUUCUCUUUCUAGGUUAAAGCAGAAACAACAGGAAUUUGAUCAGGAUUCAUGCCAUUCAAUAAAUCAAACCUCAAUUGAAUAUAAUCAAAUCAUAGAAUCUGUACUUGGGUUCAUACAAUCAGACCUAACAUACAAAUCUAGGGUUCCUCAUACCCAGGUGAAUAAGAAAGUUACUCCAUAGAGAUUGAUGGAAAAUCUAGCUCAGAUGCGGAAACCAUACUGUGAAGGAUGAUAAUCUGCUUCUGACGCUCAAUCAGAUCUUCUCCAAGCUCAAGCCGGGCUCCAAUGGUGAUGGAGAUCGAUCAAAGACACUUGAAGACUCAGGUUCGUCACUUUCUCUCUCUAGGUCGCACUUUUUCUCUCUAAAACUCGGAACCCCUCACUUGUGGCUGGAAAUUGGGUUAAAAGCAGAAAAUCACGAUCACACGGCCAGGCCACACGACCGUGUGACUUCCCAAGCUGCCCGUGUGAGUGUCCAAACACAGCAUUUCGAUUAGUGGGCUUCCAGGCAUGCUGGACGGCCAGGGCCACACGGCCGUGUGGAUUCCCAGGCUGCCCGUGUGGGUUUUUCGAGCCUUCACACGGCCACAACGGGUGCCCUACACGGCCCGUGUGAUUUUGCCCGUGCAAUUUGAUGUCACACGGCCAGGUCACAUGGCCGUGUAGGUUUUAGGCGUGCCCGUGUGGCUCCAUCAGCUUCCCGCGAAAUGUCCAAUCUUCGUCCAAUCGACUCCAAACUCGUCCCCAAGCCUUCAUUCACGUACUAGGACCUGAAAUAUCACAAACAAGAACAACCUAGCACGAAAUCAGCCUAAAACGCGGGAAUCGACAUCUCAAACGACUCAAGAAUAGGGCUACAAACAUGUGCAAUCAAUGGUCCAUCAAACUCCCCCACACUUAACCGUUUGCUUGUCCCCAAGCAAACCUAACUCAACAGACCUCUAUAGCAACAAACAACCCCGAUUGUCGGUAGAGGACUUUCUAGAUCAUAAAGCAGCUUACGAGGUCAACUGGUCUUCUAAGACGCUCCCUAUCUCUCUCAAUGCGAGUUCUAGACUCAAGCCAGGAUCAUGAGAAGAAGUAGAAGUAAGAUAGUCAGUUCAUGAAUAAAGGGACUCAUAUCAUUCACAACCAAGGACUCGUUGUACCGGGGUGCUCUUUCACUUUAUUUCACCGUUGGCACCCCUUUUUCGCUUUCAUUUUACUUUUUUUUCUUUUUUUCAUUCACUUGGCGGGGGUUCCAACCGCAGUCUUUUGCACGGUCGACCCUUAUUAGUCGAGCAAGAGCAAUUUUUGUACAUCUGGCGCUCGCCAGAGUACUUCUUUUAACUCCUUUUCCUCAACUCAUGUGGAGGGUCAAUGAAAUUAAGGGGGGUCGGAAGCUCUAUCCGUGCCCUUAAAAACACAUCCUCAAGUAAGCAAACCGUUCAACGGGUGGAAGUUUUACUUGUACUAGAGACAGUUUAGCUUCAUGAUGACUCGGUAUUUGCACAUGUUUUCCCCUUUGUUUCUUGAUUGUUUGAGCUUGAAUUAUUGCGUCUUUGGCCUAUUUUAUGCUAGGUUGUAUUCCUUUGUCCCAUUUCAGGUCCUAGCACAUAAAGUGAAGCAUAGGCGCAAGUUUCAAGUCAAUCAGAGAUCAAUUGACGAUUCGAGAGAAGAAACUCGGGCAUGAACUGAAGAAGAAUGGAUUUCUACCUCACUUUAUGGACAAAGAAUCAUGCAAGCUUGUUAUGAAACGAAAGAGGACGAGACUAUGAGCGUCUGGGAUCAAACGGCGAUUGAUUCGGAGUCCAGACGAGGGAGAAACGAAGCAUUAAACAGAGGCUGAGCAAGCUGCACGGGCAGACCAGGGAGGCUGCACGGCCGUGCACGUGAGCAAUAUGGCCGUGCGCCUUAUGCCGAGGACACGCACGGGCAAUCCCUGAAGCUCGCACGGCCGUGCACCCUGGCCGUGCGAGAGGGCUGAAGUUCGACUAAAUGACACGCUGCGUUUUGAGUUGCACGGCCAGAAUGGUGAUAUGCACGGCCGUGCACCCUGGCCGUGCGAGUCGGGAUUUCCUGGUUUUAAGCCAAAUUCCGAACCAAAGAAGAGAGGGAGCUGGGUUUUGGAUCCCAAACACCCAAGGGACGAACCCUAGAGAGAGAGGGCGAUUUGAGGGCAUUCUUGGAGUAGAGAAGGAGGAUUUCUUCGCCUUGGAAGCUCGAGGAACAAGCCCGGACUUGAAGACUGAUCAUCUGAAGAUUCUUACUGCAGUCUCUCUCUUCUCUAUGGAGUAACUUCCCUUCACUUAGGUUUUGAGGAACCCUAUCUAUGUUUGUUUGAUUGGAUGAUUGUAUGAGUACUCUGACUGGAUAAUCUUGAGUUCAUAUUCAAUCUAUGCAUGUUUUCAUGAUUCAAUUCUGCUUUAGUCGAGAUUAUUGAUUCUGCUUUGAUUCUAUGAGAGGGAAUACCUGAUUAGGUCAAUAGAGCACCAUAGAUUGAUAGUAGUGGAUCGAUUGCUUUAGUCGAGGGUUGAUUCACCGCUUUGUAUCGAUUGAGAACCUCUUUCGAUAGAGGGAGUCUAGUUCAGAACGCCUUGAUCAGUUGUUCUAGAGAAGGAUACGUCCCUCUAGGCAAUUGACUCAAGAGGGCCUUGUUCCUUUAGUCGAGACUCAAGGUCUAGUCAAGGAUUCUCCGCAUUGUGAAUGAAAGUGAAACAGGUUAGAGAUCAUCAAUCGUUAAUCUGGCUAGUGGCUAGGGGGAAUCAUACCUAAGUGAGUUCCCAACCUGUAAUUAGAUUAACUUUAACUGUAGUUUGCUAGAGUAGUUUUAGUUCUUUCAUCUUAAUCUGAUUUGCUAAAUAAUAAACUGAAGCUGAGUAAUAGUAACUCUAGAGACCCGUGGAUUCGAUAUUUAUCACUUGAGCCACUAUACUGCAGUCCCUUUCAUUGGUUACACUUGGCCUUUGUAAGGUGUUGUGUUUUAGCGAAUCAAGUUUUUGGCACCGUUGCCGGGGACUUUCUAGAGUAUUAGGAAAGGCAGAAGUUUGUUACUUUAGCGUUUUUCGUUUCUUUUCUUUUCCACCCUUGCUUUUCACUUGGGUGUUUUUGUUUUUGUUGGUGCAGAUCUGAAUCAUGGAUCCUAAUGGCUUCUCCAAUCAUUGGGGGUAUCCACCACCAUCUGGGUGGUAUUACCCCGAGACUCCCUGGAGCAAUCAAGGCGGAGAAGACUAUGGAUUCAGGUUCCAGUACCAACCCCCUUACUACGGAGAACAACCGGACCCCUGGGCAUAUCAAGAACAACCUCAUUAUCAAGAAGAAUUUCUCCCACAACCAGAAGGGCCAUCGGCGCUGGAGUUACUCAUGGAGCAGUUUGCUCGAGACUGUGAGAGAACAUGCUCCAGGAUGGAUCAGUGUGUCCAGGCCUAUCGUGAAACAGAUGAGAUCCUCCUGAGCCUUAAGAAGAGCGUCGAUGAUCUUGAGCGAUCUUGGGCGCAACCUGCUCCAGAUCACCCUUCUGCUACCAUAAAAGAAGAGGAGGAGGAAGAAGAAGGCUACAAGGGCAUUGUGGAACACACUGAAGUUGUCACGGAGAGCUCCCGUGAUGAUCAUGAUCAGGCGUGUCAUGUCGUAGCCGACCACACCUUCCCACACCCCAAACUGAGCUUUGAAGAGGCGGGCAUGAGUGAGGAGAUGCAAGAAGAUCUCAUGAAAGAAAUUGCUUGGCAACUUGCUCUCCAAUCCGUGCUAGAAGAAGAAGAGCAAGAAAGGGUGCAGAAAGAAGUUGUGGAGGAUGACGAAAGUGAAGCAGGAGGAGUUCUUGAUCAUUUCCCAGGGGUGAUACCACAUGAAGAAGGAAGGGAGGUUAAAGAAGCAAUUGGCGUCCAGGCUGAGGACGAAGUUGAGGUGGAAGAGGCUUGCACCGGCCAUGAGUUACAUGUGAUAUCUCCACCAAACUUCGAGGAACUGCUUAGCAAGGACCCAUUUGCAGUGUCUCUUUGCCAGACUAAGGCCACAUCGACAUCGGUCCCUCUUGGUGGACGUGAUGGUGGCCACUCGAUGCUGUCUUAUCUGGUUUGGGGCAAUGAGACGAGAGAAGAGAAGAAGAGGUCUCGAGGGUGGAGACUUCAUCUGCAUCAAGUACAUGAGCCUUCAUCACCUGCCACACCACAUGCUCGUGACUUGAGACUCCACCUCAUCGACGAGAACCUCAACUUCAAGGAGGUUCUAGCAUGGACCGAAACUUAGGAGCCAUCGUCCGGCUCACGACGUGAAAGAAGCGCUUGUUGGGAGGCAACCCAACCAGUCGGUUUGCAUUUCUGUCUCUAUUUCUCCUCGGUUGAGUCAGUUUGCUAUUUGAUUUUAGAGUCAAUAACUCAACCUUUGUGAGAUUUUGUGUGGUGUUUGUGUUCUGAUUACUCUCUCUUUCUGGAUGGCACCGCCUGACCCGGUCAUCAUCAUUCACCCUUGAUCUGGUAACUUCGUUCUACCCUCCUUAUCUUUCCUCCAUUGAGGACAAUGUCGUGCUUAAGUGUGGGGGGAUGUUCGAUUAUGUAUGCGGGUGAAUGUUUGGCUGUUUGUGUGCUUGGAGCCUAGUCCACUGUCCAAAUUUUUAAAUUUGAGGGCUCCAAGUACGUGUUUCCUUGCAAUUGCCUGCUCAGUAUGCUUUGAAUUGACAGUCUCUAUAGUAAUAUGCAACCUAGGGAGGUAGUGUAGCACUAUGGAGGAUGUUGAUGCAUUUAAGAAGUCUCAUGUCUUCUUCAUAUUGAGUUGGUUGAUUGAGUGAAUUAGUGAUCUUAGGACCCUUGAAUUGUGUGGUGUUGUGGAUUCUCUACCUGUCAUGGACUCUUGUAUCAUGUUUUGAAAGUAACAGGUGCUCGAAAAUGUGCUUCAAAUAACGUCUCCCGUGCGAAUAGGGCGAAAGUGUGUAAGGGGAGACGGGAAUUCGUUCCCAAUUUCCACCUACUACCUCCAGCCCCCUUACAUGUCUUUCCCCCGCACGAGGCUCGAGACAUCCGCUCCUGGCAUGGCCGGUAAGAGCAGGUUGGGACCCUUGAAAGAAAAAAAAAAAAGGAAAAAAAUAACAGAAAACAAGCAAAACAGAAAGAAAAGGGGUUCCAACCAUCUUCAAGAAGAAAAUAGAGCACCUUGAAAAAUGUGAGUCCAUGAUCCUUUGUUUUUGAGAAUCUCUGCAUCCACAAUUCAUUUGUCCUCUGUUCACUAUUUGCCAUGAUGCCGACUCGAUACUAGUGCUCUCGCCGAAGAAGCUAUGAGAUGACUUGUGUGUCGGUUGACCUCGUAAGUUGCUAAAUGAUCUAGGAAGUCCUCUACCUACGAUCUGGGGUGUUUGUUGCUAUAGAGGUCUGAAGAGUUGCAUUGGUUUGAGUUAGGUUUGCUUGGGGACAAGCAAACAAUUAAGUGUGGGGGGAUUUGAUGACUCGGUAUUUGCACAUGUUUUCCCCUUUGUUUCUUGAUUGUUUGAGCUUGAAUUAUUGCGUCUUUGGCCUAUUUUAUGCUAGGUUGUAUUCCUUUGUCUCAUUUCAGGUCCUAGCACAUAAAGUGAAGCAUAGGCGCAAGUUUCAAGUCAAUCAGAGAUCAAUUGACGAUUCGAGAGAAGAAACUCGGGCAUGACCUGAAGAAGAAUGGAUUUCUACCUCACUUUAUGGACAAAGAAUCAUGCAAGCUUGUUAUGAAACGAAAGAGGACGAGACUACGAGCGUCUGGGAUCAAACGGCGAUUGAUUCGGAGUCCAGACGAGGGAGAAACGAAGCAUUAAACAGAGGCUGAGCAAGCUGCACGGGCAGACCAGGGAGGCUGCACGGCCGUGCACGUGAGCAAUAUGGCCGUGCGCCUUAUGCCGAGGACACGCACGGGCAAUCCCUGAAGCUCGCACGGCCGUGCACCCUGGCCGUGCGAGAGGGCUGAAGUUCGACUAAAUGACACGCUGCGUU